CCAAGUGGCGCCGUUUUGCAGAGCUGUCUAUCCUGUCACUCACUUGACAACCCUGAAGGACGCUACUCCCCGCGCCGAUUGGCAACCCUGAUGGCCCGGCAUUUCGAGCGGAAUUUGCGAAUAUUAUACUUGGCCGCUAUUUAACGACGAUCUUGCCCAGAGAAUGCCGCGUGUAGCCAAGCCGAAAGCCGCCGCUCCGGCCAAGAAGGUGGUGUCGGCCAAGAAGGCCAAGAGCAAGCUGUACAAGAUGCCGGAGAAGGUGAAGGAGGGCACAGUUUUCACCGAUUUAGCCAAAGGCCAGUGGCGCAUUGGACCCUCGAUCGGAGUUGGAGGAUUCGGUGAGAUCUACGCGGCUUGCAAAGUGGGUGAGAAGAACUACGAUGCUGUGGUCAAAUGCGAGCCACAUGGCAAUGGUCCUCUGUUCGUGGAGAUGCACUUCUACCUGCGCAACGCCAAGCUGGAGGACAUCAAACAGUUCAUGCAGAAGCACGGUCUCAAGUCCCUGGGCAUGCCCUACAUACUGGCUAAUGGUUCCGUGGAGGUCAAUGGUGAAAAGCAUCGAUUUAUAGUCAUGCCGCGCUACGGCAGCGAUUUGACCAAGUUUCUGGAACAGAACGGCAAGCGACUGCCCGAGGGCACUGUCUACCGACUGGCCAUUCAGAUGCUGGACGUCUAUCAGUACAUGCACAGCAACGGCUACGUUCAUGCCGAUCUUAAGGCAGCCAACAUACUGCUGGGCCUGGAAAAAGGCGGCGCUGCGCAGGCGUACCUGGUGGAUUUCGGCCUGGCCUCACACUUCGUCACCGGUGACUUCAAGCCGGACCCCAAGAAGAUGCAUAAUGGCACCAUAGAAUACACAUCAAGGGAUGCUCAUCUGGGCGUGCCAACCAGACGAGCUGAUCUGGAGAUACUCGGUUACAAUCUCAUCGAGUGGCUGGGCGCGGAGUUGCCGUGGGUCACGCAGAAACUACUGGCUGUACCCCCCAAAGUUCAAAAGGCCAAGGAAGCAUUUAUGGAUAACAUAGGCGAGAGUCUGAAGACGCUGUUUCCGAAGGGAGUGCCCCCGCCAAUUGGGGAUUUCAUGAAGUAUGUCUCAAAACUAACACACAACCAGGAGCCGGACUACGACAAGUGUCGCAGUUGGUUCUCAAGUGCGCUGAAGCAGCUGAAAAUUCCAAACAACGGAGAUCUCGACUUUAAGAUGAAGCCACAGACCAGCAGCAACAAUAAUCUAAGUCCGCCCGGCACGAGCAAGGCAGCAACAGCCAGGAAAGCAAAAAAAAUUGAUUCGCCAGUCUUGAACUCAUCACUGGACGAAAAAAUCUCCGCCAGCGAAGAUGAUGAGGAGGAGGAGGAGAAGUCACAUCGCAAGAAGACAGCCAAAAAGGUCACCCCAUCAGCCCGAAACGCCAAGGUAUCGCCCUUGAAGCGAGUCGCAGAUAGUUCACCACCCAGCCAGAAGCGCGUUAAGACUGAGCCCAAGUCAACACCCAGGGAGAGAGCUACGCCCAAGGCCAGUCCCAAGCCAAGGAGCACGCCGAAGGCCAGCCCCAAGCCACAGACACCAACAGCAGCGCGGCUCCGUACUCCCAAUGCCAAGAUCAAUUUCAGCCCGUCUAUUUCGCUGCGUGGACGUCCCGGUGGCAAAACCGUGAUCAACGAUGACCUCACUCCACAGCCGCGUUCCAAGAAGACCUAUGAGUUUAACUUCGAGCUCGACGUUAGCAUGGAUGCCAACGUAAUUGUGAAUGUCAAACGCAAAAAGAAAGCGGACCAGGAUAAGGCGACGGCGGUUGAUUCACGUACACCCUCAUCCCGCAGCGCGUUGGCGUCCAGUUCGAAGGAGGAGGCCUCACCUGUGACCCGAGUUAACCUGCGCAAGGUAAACGGCCAUGGCGACUCCUCCACGCCCGGCCGUAGUCCGCGGACACCAGCCGUCACUGUGCGGAAAUACCAGGGAUAGGAGCCUUUGUUUUCUGUAUUUUUACAUUUGUAACCUCAUUAAUAAAAACUUGAAAUAUUUUCUU